UCGGUGGAAGAUAAUCGACGACCGUUUUAUAACAUUGCGCACAUGGUGAAUUCGAUACCGGAGAUCGAUUAUUACCUGAACCGAGGAGCCAACGCGAUCGAGGCCGACGUGAAUUUCUCCCCUGACGGUUCCGCGCUGAGCACCUACCAUGGAGUACCAUGCGAUUGCUUCAGACGAUGCAUGUUGCGCUCAAGCUUCUCCGACUACCUGAAGUACGUGCGCGAAGUGACCGUUCAUAAAGGCAGGAACAUUGCCCUGCUGAUGCUUGACCUCAAACUCGAAGAGUCCAAGGUGCCCAAAGCCUCGCAACGAUACGCCGGGAUAGAUCUGUUCACGAAGCUCGUCGAUCAUCUCUGGUACCAAGUGAAUCAGACCCAUCGCGUUAAUGUUCUCGUCUCGAUACCCCGAGCUCAGGACAGGAUGUUCUUGAAGGGAUUUCUCAGUGAACUCAACAAAGAAGAGAACCAAAAAUACGCGAAAAACAUCGGAUAUGACGUCGGAAUGAACUCGUAUCUCGCUGAGAUUUCCUCCAUGUACGAAUCGCUCGGUAUCAGGAAAAAUAUCUGGCAAGGCGACGGAAUCACGAACUGUCUCGUAGGCAUGCGACCCGAGAACCGAUUGCGGGAAGUCAUCGAUCUCCGCGACGCUCCGUCGGGUUAUGUGCGGAAGGUUUAUUACUGGACUAUUGAUUUGACGUCCGCCAUGGAGAACAUCCUCCAAUCGGGGGUGGACGCUAUCAUCACGAAUCAUCCUGAGCGUUUGAAUAGUCUAAUAAACUAUUCGUAUUCUGCUCGAUACAGACUUGCGAACCGGACGGAUUCUCCUUGGGAGAAAAUUAUAUCCGUAAGCAAGAGCGGGAGCUUGGCCGGAAGCCGGAGGGUCUUCCUCGAUAUCGUGGUCAAUAUCCUGGAAUUGGGAGCGCAAGCCCGAGACUACUUUUCGAGGUUGCUCUCUAGAUCAUCGAAAUAG